GGACGUCUCUUGAACCAUGUGUGGCCUUUUCAAUUCCGCCCUGGCAGGGGGAAGACUUCCCUCGAUACGACAGCCAGCAGGGGAAAAGCUGGCAACAAAGGCGAGGAUGGAAGAGAAGCUGAAUGUGAGGAAGCAUAAAAGGUAUGCAAAAUAUGAAGUCCUAUUAUUAUGUGGUAUACGAUGCUUUCUCGUCGAAAUCCCAGCUAAUAAUAUAUGGAAUAUUUGGAGGCAAACCCGUCAUCAGCCAAGUGAUUCGUUCGCACUGUCUGCAGUUGCAGAUGCCUACGAUGGAUGCAGCGUGUCUUCUCCUCUGUGUCUGUCUCGAUCGAAGCCAUCGCAGAGAGUUGCCCGCCACUUUGGACCUUGGGCCCUUGAUGAUCCUUCAUUUCAUUUCCUCUCCAUCCAAGUGUGCGCACACGAACAGCAUAUGUAUCCAUUCGUAGCCAGCCCCUCAUGGGGUGAUUCCCGUCGAGUGGGAAGACUAGCUGCUUGGCUAAUAACGGUGGAAGGGCAGCUCGAGAGCAUCGCUGCAACGUUUAAGGAUUUCAAGAGAAGACAUGACGCUAGCGGGAGAUGACAGCCUCCCUGACUGGUCUGUUUCGAUCAGUCGCUCCCAACUAGUCAAGGGUAAACGACGACUCAUCUCGACGAUGGUUGGCUCAUCUGGUUCACCUGUUACUGUCCUGGUUCUCUGGUUCGCCCUCGUCUUUUUACCUGUGAUGGGUAUGGCUGAAUCGAGCGACUCAGUCGAGGAAGACUAGUAAGGCGGAUUUUCGAUGCAUCUGCAGCACCCACACGUGUAUGCAAGGGCAGAGAGUCAGUGGUUCGUCCCUUGGUGAUGCUUCGUCGAUUCGUGAGUUGAAACGUCGACCUGCAAAAAUACACAAAAUUCAGGAUGGCGAUGUGGUGUGCUGCUCUGUAGCGUUGGGCUGAGAAGGCUGACCCCCCUUUUGCCAGUCAACCCAAGGGGGUUACGAUGAGCGGAUACACUAUACACUUUCGAUGGCAAGCCAUGCUGAAUCAAUGAGCACCAAGGGAAGGGAACCAGGUAGGAGUCUCGAUCGGCCUGGUCAGUCGCCGUUUAAUCUCCUCGACUUUCCCCUUCCCCAAGAUUCGUUGUCUUAACGGUCUCGACUCCCAUAACUCCAGAGAUCAUCAGCUUAGUCUGUCAACGGCGUCUUUCCAGUGGACGUCCAAGCUACCCUAUAAGGAUGUACAACGCAACAAAGAGGCUCCGUAGCGCUGGAGCAUUCAGACCCAAGAGAAGGGAUCAAACCGCCAGACCAAUCAUCCACGACAGGACGGCUUGUGUACGCUUAUUCGAGAGUAAUGCAAAAGAAGUAAAGGAAAAAAAAAAAAAAAACCUCCAUCGGGCUAAGUAGCCGUCUCUAUCCUCCACGAGUCAAGCCUUUCCCAGCCAGCAGAGA